AUCAAUCCUCUAAGGUAGGUUGAAGUUUAUGUGUUUGAUACGCAGACGUCAUCGGCUUCUGUAAGUAGCUGCUAUCGUAUGGGCUACAGAGUAGAACGUACUAUUACGUAUUCCUCGUACGCAUGGCAAAUCCGAACGGGCCAGUAAGAAGCCCUUUUGCCGGAGGAGGAGGAACCCCCCGCACCCGACCAUGCUGCAUGUUCGGUUUAUUCAACCAUUGCAUCCAUACGUUCAUUCUGUUAUUCCUUAUUUCUUCCGUAGCUGAUAACAAAGUAAACACUCAACAAUGGCGCCUUUGAUGAAAUUGUUUAUGUUGGCCAUCACGGCCAGUGCCGCUGUUGCAUUCACACCCGCUGUAACAUCCAGAACGGCAAAUGUCCCUUCGUCCACACAGCUUUACGAGGAUUUCGGACUCGGAUUGGGUGAAAGUACAUACGAUAACCAACCCGACCUUCUCAAGGGAGAACAAGAAUACAAGCAAUAUGCUAACAGAAUCAACGAAGACAACAUGCUUAACCGCAAGGUAAGACUUGACUGAUGUGUACACGGCGUUGAAUGGAAAAGGUGGUAUAACGAUCAAUGGACAACACCACGUAUUUUUCUUGUCAAUGCAUGCUGUGCUCACCUUUUUAUUCUCGUCGUGUAUCUUCUGUCGUGAACUCCCCUCACACAACGACACAUAACAGUACAACGUUGUUAAGCGAGUUCGUGAGCUUGACCUUCUUCAGGCUACCAUCGACAAUGGUGUUCUUUCCAAGCUCGAGAAGAACGGCCUCGACUUGGCCACCGUAGAAAAGCUCCUCCCUCUCGCCGAAGAAUACGGACUUUUGAGCCUUGCUGCUAACAACCAGCAGUUGUUGGUCAACUUGGCUGCCCCCCUUCUUGUUGAGGGAGCCCCAUUCCUUCUUCCUGUUGUUGCUGGAGCCCUCGAGGUUGGCCCAGCUGCAUUUUUCGGUGCCGCCGCCGUUUUGGCCGGACUUGACGCCGCCUUGAUCGUCAACAAUGUCGAAAUUCCUUUCAUUGGUCUUUCUGCCGGAGUUUUGCUUGGUCUCAUCCUUGUUCCUUUGUCCGCAGUUUUGGCUGGAGCCGGAGUUGCCUUGGGAAGUUUGAAGAAAUAAGCAUGCAGCCUUUAUGAAAGACUUAGCUUAGUGAGUCACCUAUGCGCUGGAAAUUCUGGGGUUCGUUUGGAUUCCAUUUCAUCAUGGAGUUACAGCUCGAUGUGUAAUAAUAGAUUCAGUUACAUACCUGCGCUUUUGAACGAUAUU